GUUAAAUCGCGCGCGCACGCCGCACGCAAUUCAGCAACAACAACAACAACAACGAAAAUGGCGUCGGUAUUUGCAUAAUUAGAAAUUAAAACCGAAAAUCACGUUAAAUUUUGAAAUAUUGGGAAACAAACGGUAACAGCACAUGCCAAAUCAUGAAACUUAUGUAAUCAAAGUGAUGAACUAACUUAGAAGCCAGAUACAGCCAUUUUGCAGCAUAUCAAAAACUGACAACCUGUUAAUUCUCAAAUAGUUAUUAUUAAAGGACAUUUAUAUCACUGGAAGAAAUAGCAGUGCACUUUAGGAAAGUUACCCUGUAAAACCUGUUAAAAGAAAUUUGGAUUGCUGGCAAAGAUACUUUGUCCAGAUAUUCAAGGAUUCACCAUUGAUGAGAAAAUAAAAAAUAUCUUAGAGUGAAGUUAUUGGCAUAAGAGAAUCAAAAUGGCUGCCCCAGAUUAUGAUGUUAUAAAGGAGAUACCUGGGUACAAAGUUAUUCUAAAAGCAGUCUUGAAAAGUCAAAUUCAGCAGUUGGUUGGACAGUUGGCUGCCAGUACGGAUGAGGAGUCUGUGAUCCUCACUGCCAGUGUAGCUGAUGGUACAUUAAGUCAUCUUGGCUCUGAUUCAGGCAAAGGUUUCUUAGAAGAUCAUGAAGAUAUCAAGUCACAAUUUCUUGGUUUCUGUCUGAAAAAACAUCAUAGAAAGAAACAAGAAGAAAAAGAGCGUCUAGAGGCAGAAGCCUUGCAGCAAAGUAUGCAGGCUAGUCCUAGCAGAUUCGGAGGACCGCGCGGUCCGUACAGUGCCAGAUCACCAAGGUUUGCCUCACCUAGAGCUCAAAGUCCAGUACAUCCAAUAGCUUUAACUCGUGCUUCUCCAGGAAGUCAGAUUAGACCUCAUGGUGUUAGGCAUGAACCUUAUCCAAUGACAAGGCCACCGAAAACAAAAAGGACAUCACUGAACUUUGAACAAGGUAAAAACCCAACAACAGGGCCAAGUCAGACUCCAAUGAGAUCUCCGGUUGGAAACAGGCUUGAUGGACAAGUGAUAAAAAUUGAACCAGAAGACGAUAACGAAGCUUCAAAUCAAAGUGAAAGUGACACAGCUAACCAGGAAAAACCUGGAAGUUCUAGUCAGUCUCCAUCUCAAAAUAAUGCUCCAUCUAGUGUUAAAUCUGAAUCUGGCGAAAAAGACGAUGAUGCUAGAUCAGAAUCCUCUAAUUCUACCAUUCCAAAUGAACCAGCAGCAGAAGGACUUAGUUUAGACUCAGACUUGUCAAAUUUGAUCUCAGGUGGUAAUCAGCAACAAAGUUCAGAAACUAGUGAAAUGGACCCAAAUGUUAGUGUUAAAUUGGAAGCUUUAACUGAAAAUGAGAUGGAGUUGGAAAUAACGGGCGUAGAGCCCGGUAGACCUGUUGUGCCACAGGAUAACUGGGACCCUAAUGUUUCAAUGGGAAUGAACUUUGACCCCACUGGUGCUACUGGAAAUCAAGGUGAUUUGACAGCUCAAGGAUACAAUGCUGAUUUCCAGUACAUGACUGCAGGAAACCUUCAACAGAAUCAGUCUGCUAGCUACAGACAGAUGGAGAAGGACCUUACUUGCAUAUACUGUGCAAAAGUUUUAAGUAAUGUGGCAAAUUUAAAACGACAUUUAAGAAUACAUGAAGGGAUCUAUCCGUACCAGUGUAAAAUUUGUCACAGGAAGUUUUCUGAUGCCAGCAACUAUAAGAAACAUGGAAUAAUACACUAUAAUAUUAUGGAAAAAUUGAAGCAGUGAGGUUAAGGUAUUUUACCGAGAAGGUGAUUGUUCAAACUUCAAAUAGAAUGCUGUAAAACUUCCUUGAAGUUCUUCAGGUAUUUUCAUGAGAUUAGUGUUUGAAAUAAGGAUACCUUUGAUUUAAAGUCUGCUAUGGACAGUAGAUAAGACUGCUACAGCUAUGUGUGUUAUUUCCUAAUUUGUGUAAGUGAAAGUGUAUCAACAUCAAAAUGAAGUGGACAUGUACAGGCUUUUGGGACAUUAUUUCCUAUAAUUUAUUAUGGCCACUUUUCGGACCUUUGAAUAGCGCAACUGCAUAUUAAAACUGUUUCCUGAACUCUUAUACAGUUUUACUCCUAUUCAGAUGACUUUGAAAGCAUCAGUUACACAAGGAAGACAUAUGCAUUUUUUCUAGAGUUUUGUGUUCAUUAUUUUUAGCCCACCAUUGUCAGAUGGUGGGCUAUUCAAAUCACUGUGUCCGUGGUCCGUCGUCCUUCCGUCCGUCCGUCCUUCCGUCCAUUAACAAUUUCUCGUUAUCGCAUCUCCUCAGAAACUACCGGGGGGAUUUUGACCAAACGUUGUCAAAAUGAUGUAUUGGUACCCUAGUUGUGUCCCCCUGAAAAUCAGACUGGUUCAACAAUUUUUAGUGAGUUGUGGCCCUUUGUUUAAUUCUAUAAUGUACAUAGAUUUAUAUAGGGAAAAACUUUGAAAAUCUUCUUGUCCAAAACCACAGAGUCUAGGGCUUUGAUAUUUGGUAUGAAGCAUCAUCUAGUGGUCCUCUACCAAGAUGAUUCAAAUUAUUUCCUUGGGGUCUAAUAUGGCCCCGCCCCAGGGGUCACAUGGUUUAUAUAGACUUACAUAGUGAAAAACUUUGAAAAACCUCUUGUUCAAAACCACAGGGCCUAGGGCUUUGAUAUUUUGUAUAUGACAUCAUCUAGUGGUCUUCUACUAAGAUUGUUCAAAUUAUCCCCCUAGGGUCAAAUAUGGCCCCGCCCCGGGGGUCACAUGGUUUACAUAGACUUAUAUAGGGAAAAACUUUGAAAAUCUUCUUGUCCAAACCACAAAGCCUAGGGCUUUGGCAUUUGUAAUGUAGCAUCAUCUAGUGGUUCUCUACCAAGUUUGUUCAAAUGAUCCCCCUUGGGUCAAAUAUGGCCCCGCCCUGGGGGGUCACAUUGUUCAUAUAGACUUAUAUAGGAAAAAGAUUUUAAAAUCUUCUUGUCUGUAUCCUACAACAUUCAAAUUUGGACCACAUGUAUGGUUUUGAGUGGCAAGAUGAACCUUGACAUGAGUUGACCUUGAUUUUGACCUAGUGACCUACUUUCACAUUUCUGUAGCUACAGCCUUCAAAUUUGGACCACAUGCAUAGUUUUGUGCACUGAAAAACACUUUGACCUUGACAUUGACCUAGUGACCUACUUUCACAUUUUUGAAGGUACAGCCUUCAAAUUUGGACCACAUGCAUAGUUUCGUGUUCCGAAAUGGAAUUUGACCUUGAUUUUGACCUACUGAGCUACUUUCACAUUUCUCAAGCUACAGCCUUCAAAUUUGGACCACAUGCAUAGUUUUGUGUACCGAAACAAACUUUGACCUUUACAUUGACCUAGUGACCUACUUUCACAUUUUUGAAGGUACAGGCUUCAAAUUUGGAACACAUGCAUAGUUCUGUGUUCCAAAAUAAAAUUUGACCUAGUGACCUACUUUCACAUUUCUGUAGCUACAGGCUUCAGAUUUAGACCACAUGCAUAGGAUUGUGUACCGAAACAAACUUUGACCUUGACAUUGACCUAGUGACCUACUUUCACAUUUUUGAAGGUACAGGGUUUAAAUUUGGACCACAUGCGUAAAUUUGUGUUCUGAAGUGUAAUUUGAACUUGAUUUUGACCUAGUGACCUACUUUCACAUUUCGUCCUUGAAAUUGAUCUAGUGACCUACUUUCACAUUUCUCAAGCUACAGAUUUCGAAUUUGGACCACAUGCACAGUGUUGUGUACGGAAAUGAAAUUUGACCUUGAGCUAGUCAGUAAGUCUUGAAAUUUGGAACACUCAAAAAUAGCACAUUGGUGGGCGCUAAGAUCACUCUGUGAUCUCUUGUUUCAAUUUGUUACUUUUUAUGUCCUCGCAAUUAAAAAUAGGGUUGUGUUACUAUUGUGUGUGUGCAUUCAAAAUUUGAUUUGGCUGGUAAUAUUUGUUAUGCAUUAUGGAUUUUAAAAUAACAUGACAAAUGGCCACCAUUACAAGAUAAUGUGUCGUAUGCAAGACCCAGGUCCCUAGCUCACAAGUCAAGGUCACACUUAGAGGUCAAACAUUUUGGGUCAUUUAUCUUUUCCACUGUAACUUUAUCAUGCAUGCAUGGAUAUUCAAGUAACUGGGCACAAACAUUCAACAUUUCAGGAAAAAGUGUCACAUGCAAGACCAAGGCCAUAAUGCCAAGGUCACUAAGAUCAAAUAUUUAAGACAAUUUUUUUGUCUGGUCUGUAUGUUUUGUGAUUGCAACGGUAUUUAAAAACCACAGACAAACAUUCACAUAACAAGACAACAUGUCACAUUCAAGACCUAAAACCUCAACUGAAAGGUCAAGGUCACAGAGGUCAAAGAUUGUACAUUAUUUUGCAUAGAGGAUGUAACUUUGUCAGAAUGAAUGAAUAUUCAGAUAGCUUGGCACAACCAUUUAUUGUUACUGUAGUGAAGUACUGUGCCAGUCAAGACUAGUGUUGAUAUUCACCAAAGAUGGUAUUUACAGACAGGUUUAACUGUAUCUAUAAAAUUAUAUCCACAGAAAAUAAUUAGAACCAAAUUUUGAAGAAUAGGAAAUUAAGAAAAGAAGAUGACAGUUAAUAGAAAAAAAAGAGUAUCUAGUCUAAAGACUGCUUAGGUUUGGAUUGGGUUCAGGGAUUGGAUUAGUAGGGAAUCUGCAUGAUUUGUACCAAAUAAAUGGAGGAGGAUAAGAAUGGAACAUGCAUUUAAAUUAAACAGGAUAAUUUAAAGGGAGUAUAGUAGUUCCAUGAUAUGUGGAUAAGGUGUUUGAUAGAUGAAGGGUCUGACUGUAGUUAGGAUUGAUGUGCUGCCACAAACUCUGUGUAUAGCAGCUAAUAUGAAGGACAGGCUCUGGAUUGUAUUUUGAGUUACUGAAAUUAGGAAAAUAGUUUCAGCUGUAUAUCUUUAAUUUGAGUAUUCUGUUGUCUCUAAACUUGGUGUGCAGGUAGCUUCUAUUGAGUCAAAAGUUGGAAUUUUGUUUGAGGUCACAACAUCAAGGUCAAGGUUACUGUUACUAAAGUAGAAACAUGAUUUCCACAAACUUUGAGAAACCUGGUUUUGUGGGCCAUUGCCACGUUUCUGUUAUUAUUUCUUAAGCAGUAUGAUUAUAUACAAAAAUAUUGAAAAUUGCAAAAGUCAAAAGACUGUCAUUACAUUAUUUACAAAAUGUAUAUGCAUUAUGAUUAGAUACAAAUGUAUUGGUUUUUUGUGGGAGGUGGGGGGAGGCUUAUGUCACAAAGAUACAAUGGUGGGUCAUAUGGUGACUCUAGUUAGACCCAAGGUGAAACAACUACAUCCCAAGUGAGGCUUCAAACAAGUGAUUCAAAGUCAGUGACCAUAACCAUUCUGCAGCAGAGCCCCCACUCUCCACCACACCCCCAUCCCCACUUCCUCCAGCUGAUAAUUGCAAGUCACUUGUAGUGUUAGUGCAUUAUUAUGUAUGAGAAAUAAUAAAUAGAGUUUAGAUGUUUUAAUAUGUCAUUUGUAUUCUGCAUGAACAAUAUGUUUUAGAUGCAGAAGUAUUAAACUGCAUAAAAUAUCAAAACAUUGUUGUAUAUGAGAAAUAUAGUAAAGAUACUAAAACUGUAGGCCAUUAUGUUGAUCUGUAUAUAUGUUACCCAACAGUUCUUGAAAUAAACUUCAACCAAAAUU